CUCAAUAACAUCCCAUCUUUCACAGCAAAACAGACGCUACACAUCACUGACUUUAUACCAGAGCAUCAAGAGCAAAAACCAUCCAAACAUUUACAGAACUACAAAGCUGAGGAAACAGCUGAAUGAUGAGUGCUACUCAGAGUCAAACACUGGUGUCCAGACUGGAGGCCCUGCAGUGCCACUUCACCUGGGACCUUGACCUCAGCAGGUCCUUACUUUUACGUUGUCGGGACAACUUGUUAAACAUUGGCACCAAUGAUGGAAACCCCUGGCUGGGUCACAUCUACAACCUGCGAGGGUUCAUUCAGUACAAGCUGGGAUCCAAUAAAGACGCCCAGAAGUUCUUCAACAAGGCUACAGAGGCCUUCAGCCAGAUCAAAAACACAGACGAGGGCCCCUGGUUAGUGGUGAACUACGGGGACCUGGCUUGGCUGCACCACCACCUGGGAGACCAAGCAGAGAGCGAGGCCAACCUGUCAAAGGUCGACACCCUGAAUAAAAAAGACCCAUUUCCAUCCCAGGAGGAGCUCCACCCGGAGACCUACGCUGAGAAAGCCUAUACGCUGAUGACGGUCAGUGGAGACAAAACACUUGCUGUAGAUUACUUCCAGAGAGCCAUCGAGAUGCAGCCAGGCAUACGAGAGUGGAACACUUGCCAUGCCUUAGCUUUAAUGCAUGCUUCUAAGCACAGCAGGACAGGGCUGGAAGAUGACAUCGUGGAGAAAAUGAGAAUUGCCCAAGAACAGGAUCCAGAGAACUUGUACCUCGCUGCUCACUACCUUGAUCAACGUGCUCAGAGAGGAGAAAGAAUAGGUGAGUUAGCCACAAAGGUUUUGAGAAGUCCUGUCAGCAGCUACAGUGGUUUAAAACCAUUGCUAUGGGUUUACAGGAAGUAUAUAUCUGGUGAUGAGGCCAUUGCUUUGGCAGAGGAGGCUCUGAAGAACCAUCCAGAUGAGCGUUAUCUGAAGAGAUGUGUUGCACUCUGCUACAAAUGGAAGAUCAUUUUUUCCAGGGAAAGUCACCCAAAUAAAAGCUUGAUAGACAAAGCAAUCCUUCUCCUUGAGGAGUUGAUUGCUCUUUACCCUGAUUCCUCACGUGUGAUGAAAAUAGAAAUUGCAGAUGUAUAUGCACUGUCACAUGGUAGUCAGGCUAAAGCUGAUCAGAAAUAUCAGGAACUGUUAGAAAGUGAUUUGGAACUUGCAGACAAACAAAUGCUUUACCACAAGUAUGCAAAUCAUUUAUAUUACCGUAAAAAGGAUGGCAACAUGUCGACACGAUAUCACAUGAAGGCGGCAGCGAUACCGCACCAAUCCUUCUUUCGUGAGAAAAGCAUCAAAGUUCUGGAGAAGAGAGGCAGGGACAGACUGUCUGGGCGAAUAAUAUAUUUUCUGGCAAACCUGCAAGAGCCAUAGUGUUCUAAACAGCAAUGGUUUGAAAUCCAAGAAGAAGAUAUAGCAUUAGUACAAAAAUAAUCUGUACAUCUUCAUACAUUUGAUUGGCUGCAAAUAAGAAAAAAAACGUUUUUCUUCUAUUGGUCGGGUAAGACACAAGGCAGCAACAGCCAUACUCUGAAAAUGUAACAUACAUUUUCUAUAUUGGUUUAGACUUUCGUUGUUAAACAGACCUACAUGUGUUAUAUUUUGAACUUUCUUAUUUGCAGGCAGGUUACUAGCUUUACACUUUAGUAGCAGACAAGCGCUAUUUAAAAUACAAAUUAGUUGAGCACUGUUUUUAUGCUGUGUCUUAGUUAUUAAAUACAAAAACGAUGUAAUAUACAUUAUGUUUGCAAAAAAUGUCGUAUAAAUGGUAUAUCCAUAUAUAAUUUAACCAUGAUAUUACAUCUGACCAGUCACCAUCGCUACAAGGGAACAUGUUGGUUUUCCAUAGAUGGAUCAUUCACUGAAAAGAGUUAGGCUGUCAAUCAUAAACCCAUUUAGGAUAGGCUACAGCGAAUGCAUUCAAAUAUAUUGUUCUCGGGAACUUGAUUUCUUGAAAAACUGACCUCCCUAAUCAUAGCCGUGGGAACAUGUUUCAAAUGGGGGGUGCUGUGGGGAUGACACCAGGGGCCAGUUCUGACCAAUUUGCUGCCCGAGGCAAGAUUUUAGCUGGUAAUGACAUGGUGGACAGCUUACAUAAAAAGGCUUCAAAUGUAUUUAGUAUUGUAUGAACAUGUUUUAAUUGGGGGGUGGACGUCACAUCCUCUAGGGGGGUCCGGGGGUGCCUCCUGGGAAGAUUUUUUUCAACAUUUCAAAGUAAAAUGCUUCAAUCUAUUAAUCAAAUAAGAAUGAGAACAUUUCCAAUAACAAAUAAAUGUAGGCUAACUUAUUUUAUCUUUGUGGUUCAUUUAUAUCUUAUUUUACCUAGUUAACAUUUAUUUAUGCAUAUUUUGUAAUCUCUCCAGUUGUAAACGAUAGAUGUGGUUUACUGUCCUAUAGUAUACAUUGGAAUGAUUUCAAACCUGUUUUUAUUUAUCCUAAUAAUCAUAAAGGUGUGCCUUGGAAAUAUUUGUUUACAUAAAUUGUGACCAAACCGUUUAAAACUGAUCUGGGACCACAGAUGGAAAUGAGCUAUUAGCUAUAAUCUGGCAUAUUGCAUCUCUUCUCUUUGCUGAGAUGAAUUUGUGUAUGCAUGGUCCUUAUAUAAAUAAAUACAAACAAACCCUUAAAAGAUAACUUAGACUAAAGUUAACGAAAAUUCGUUUUUUGUGUAUUAUAUUUGUAUAUGAUGAUAUAUAUGAUGAAUUGGAAAUGGGGGACCCUGAUGUAAACAAGACGAAAGUCUUUCUCUGGUCUGCAUCCCCUUAACAAUUGUAUGUUUUGAGCUGUACUGUACUGUACCCAAUAUACAAGCUGUUAAUAAACUUUCCAAUCAAUCAAUUUAAUCUUGUGGAAGUGCAGAUUGAUGGUCCUCCACCACACCAGGGGGUGCUGCAGCACCCUCAGCACCCCUACUUCCCACGGCCCUGUCCCUAAUGCAUCCAAGAGGAAUGUUUCACUUUGACAGAACCAUAAACAAACACAACACAGAUUCUCUGCCUGUUAAAAAAAAAAAAGAAAGCUAGAAACGUGAAGCAGAGGAAGAAUGAUGUCACACAUCCUCUGCUUGAAGGAGUUGGUCUAGGAACUUGUCCACGUGCAAGUUCAAAGUCUAUAACAAAAUAAAAGAGGUUCUAAUAUAAGAAACUAUUUGUAUAUAUAUAUAUAGGCCUACACAACAUCAUCUAGUAGGGUUUGGUCUAUAAACGCUACCUGGAAUUUGUUUAAGGGCCAAACCAAACUAAAAGUGGAAAACAACCGGGAUUUAUUACAAAGGCUUGGAUUUUUUUUCAGUUCAACCAAAUGAAUUUACAAUGGUAAUUCUAUGGGCUAAACUCCAGCAGCGCAUUGCCAGAGCGCUCGAAACAUGGAGGGCAGGGCCGUGUCCCUUCUCAGACCUUGGGAAUAGAUGCAGUCAUCUGAAUGAACAGGCAGAGGGAAAGGAUGACACCCUGUGGCGAGCAUGUACAAUGUUUCUAAUAAACUGCUAUUUCCUAGGA